AUGGAACGAAUACUGCAAUGGGUUGCUACACUUGAAGAGAAAUAUGGCAAUCAGGAUAAAACUCUAUCAAAUGAUUUGAAUAUUAUUAAAGAACAAUUUCAAAAUCAUGAAGAUUUUAUUCUAACUUUAAAUAAAGAUGAAAAUCAAGUCGAUGAUAUACUUUCACAAGUAAAUCAAUUAUUAACAUCAACUGAUAUUCAUUUACAAACACAAGAAGAAAAUGAAAUUAAAGAACAAAUCAGAAUUCUUAAUGAAAAAUGGACAUUAUUACGUUCGAAAUCACUUGAUAGACAAUCAAUUCUUCAUAAGACAAUAAUGAAACUUCAAACUGAUCAAAUGACAUCAUUCGCUACAUGGUUAUCUCAAAUCGAAGAACGUAUAUCAACAAAUUUAGAAGCAAUGGAAGACAGUAUACCUGGUAUCGAUCGCCAAUAUCGACAAUUAGUUCAAUUACAAGACGAACUUAUUGUUCAACAAGAAAUAAGUCAAUCGUUAGAAAACUUUAUCAUUGCAGUUGAUGAUUCAACAUCAGUUGAUCAAGAAUAUAAUUCGACUGAAAUUGAAAAUAAAUUAUUCGACUGUAGUAAACGUUGGGAAUAUAUAUGUAAUUUUGUACAACAACAUUGGGCACAAUUACAAGAAGUUAAAACUCAAUUUGAAGAUUUUGAAUUAAAUGGAGAAAAACUUGAUCAAUGGUUAACACAGAAAGAAGAUGAAAUACGAAAAACGAAUACUAAAGAGACGGAUAAAGUUCAUUUUAUUCAGCAAACGGCAUCUGAAAUAGAUGAUAUACAACAAGUAAUUCAUUUAUUAGACAAUAGUUUAAAAUUGCUUGGUAAAUAUUUUGAUCCUGUAUCAUCAAAUAAAUUCAAAAUUUUAAAUGAACAACGAAAUAAUUUCGAACAACGUUUGACACAACUUAUUGAUGAUUUGCAACAAUGUUCAUUACAAUUAAAACAAUCCAAUGAAAAUUCUGAUGAUUCCAUAAAUAAAAAUAAAAGACUUUCAAUGAAAUCAGAUUUUGAUUUAUCAGCUGAAAAACAUAUCGAAUGGAUUGAUAAUAUCGAAAGAAUACUAAAUGAAGAACUACAACUUGAAGAGCAAGAAGAUAUUAUUCGAAAUGUUAAAAUAACAUAUAUCUUAUAUGAUGAUGAUCAUUUUAAAGAAUUUAUUCAAACAGGAAAUAACAUAACAAAACAAUUAAAAGAUGCUAAUGAAGAUUCAAUUGAACAUGAAUUGGUAUUAAAAACAUUAGAAAAUCGAUGGCACGAACUUCAUGAACAAAUUCUUAAAUGUGAACAAGAUAUUGAACAAUCAAAAUUUAGUAAUGAUCUUUCGGAAUAUGUGACACGGUUUUAG